GCUAACGUAUGUUAGCCUAGCUACAGCUAAAUGUUUCCACUGAUUUAUUCAUUCUUAUAUACGAUAUAUACACUCAGUUUGUUGUAGCGAAUUAUGUCGUCGGAUACUCUGAAGAAGAGAAAGGCGAAGGUUCUACGAGAAGGAGGAACUCCAGAAGUGAAAAGAAUUCCCGGAGACCAGCAGAAUGUACGUAUGUAUAAUGAGGAGGUGGAGCUUGAUGGCAGGGAUCCUGAGCAGGACUUCCUGCAGUACAAGGAGUCAUGUGAGGCUUUAACUAAACUGAUGAGUGAGAUCCAGGAGCUUAAAGCCAGUGGAGCCAAGGACGAGUGUUCAGAGGUAGAGCGCAGACGUAUGCAGAGCUGCAUCCACUUCAUGAAUCUAAAGAAACUCAACCGUCUCGCCCAUAUGCGACUGAAGAAAGGCAGAGAUCAGACACAUGAGGUAAAGCAGAAAGUGGAUGUGCUGCACCUUCAAUUGCAGAACCUUCUUUAUGAAGUUAUGCAUCUUCAAAAGGAGAUCAGCAAGUGUUUGGAGUUCAAGUCUAAGCAUGAAGAGAUAGACUUGGUAAGUGAAGCAGAGUUUUACCAAGGGGCUCCUGAGGAGAUUUCAAGGCCUCAACUCACCAAAAGUGAUCCCCAUCAACUCACACUGGCCAGGCUGGACUGGGAGCUUGAACAAAGGAAGAGGUUGGCAGAGAAAUACAAGGAGUCUCUCACUACAAAGGACAAAAUCCAGAAAAGCAUUGAGGUGAAGAAGGAACAUCUGAGGAGCCUGCAGCCAGGACUCAGUGCGAUCAUGCAGGCCUCUCUGCCAGUGCAGAAAUAUCUGUCUAUGCCUUUUGAGCAGACUCAGAAACAGACAGAAAUUGCCCGUCACCUCCCUCCACCUCUCUAUGUCCUGUUUGUUCAAGCCAGUGCUUACGGUCAGGCCUGUGACAAGAACCUGAUUGUGUCCAUCAGUGGUGAUGUGGAUCAGGCCAGGGCAUUGUCCAAACCACCAGAAGAUUCCCAAGAUGAUGAGAGUGACUCAGACGCUGAGGAAGAGCAAGAGAAAACUAAGAGGAGACGUCCAACUACAGGUGGCCAGCUAGAUGAGAAAAGACGUGAGAUGCUGAAAAGACACCCGCUGUCACUCUGCUUGGACCUCAAGUGUAAAGAUGGCAGCAUGCUGCAACUCCACUUCUACCACCUGAUGAAUCUGAACAUCAUGACAGUAAAGACCAAAGUCUCCACCUCCACAGACCUCAGCACAGCCAUCAGUGCCGGGGAUUUGCUCAAAUCGGAUACUCUGCUCAGCUGUCUCUACACCAGUGACCACGGACGGGAAACUCCAAAUCCGGCGAAUCGCUACCAGUUUGAUAAAGUUGGGAUUGUCUCCUUUGCUGAUUAUGUGGAGGAGAUGGGUUAUCCCUACAUGUGGGUUCAGAAUCUUGGAGGACUACAUUUUUCCAGUGAUACUUCAGAGGGUGCACGUGUUGGCAGCUCUCUGAGUGCCAGUCACAUGGAGAAUACCAUGAAGCUGUUGAGAGGACGGGUCCAGUCCCGCUUGGCUUUGCACAAGCAGUUUGCCUCUUUAGAGCACAGCAUCAUCCCGGUCUCCGGUGAGUGUCAGCACCUUUUCCCAGCAAAGAUCAUCUCCCGUUUAGCUCGCUGGACCACCAUCACACACCAGGAAUACAUGGAACUGUCGUUUACUCGGCAUGUGACUGAAGCUGGUCUGGCAAAGGAAACAGAUCUGUACUUCAUGGGAAUGGUGGAAAGAGGCACAGCUCAUCUUCAGGCUGCGGUGGUGCUGAGUCCUCGAUAUCCAGAAAUCUCUCCUCUAUUUUCUCUCUCACUCAGCUGGAAGGGAGAGCGCAACGGACGCACAGAUGAUAAUCUUCGAGCUAUGGAGAGUGAAGUUAAUGUGUUCAAAAAUGAGCUCCAGGGACCCCGACCAGGUCACCAACUCCUUACCAAUCAAAUGGAACGUCUGUGCAUGUGUCUGGAUGUGUAUUUGGAGACUGAAGGGCAAGAUGACAGUGUGGAGGGACCGCUGGAGUUUCCCCGUGAGAAGAUGUGUCUGCGUACUGUCAGAGGUCCAAAUCGUCUCAAACCUUUCAAGUACAACCAUCCUCAGGGCUUCUUCAGUCAUCGCUAAUCUGUUCCCACGGGCUUUUUCUUGGAGUGCGAGAGAACAUUUGUGACUUUUUGUCAUGUUAAUGUGUUUGUACCACUUUGAAAAUAAACACCUUAUUUUCACGUGUGAA